UGCGCGUGCGCGCUGCCGCCGGCUGCGUGGCGUGGAGGGGGGCGGGCCCCUGGCAGCAGCCAUGGCGGCGGCGGCGGCAGGGCAGGGCCCAUCUGUGCUGUUCCUGCACCCGGACCUGGGACUGGGCGGGGCGGAGCGGCUGGUGGUGGACGCAGCGCUGGCGCUGCAGGCUCGCGGCUGCCGCGUGCAGAUCUGGACGGCGCACUUCGACGCAGCGCGCUGCUUCGCGGAGGCGCGCGGGCUGGUGGUGCGGCGCGCCGGCGGCUGGCUGCCGCGCAGUCUGUGGGGCCGCGGGCACGCGCUCUGCGCCGCCCUCCGCAUGGCCUUCGUGGCGCUCUACGUCCUGCUGCUCAGCGGCGAGGAGGUGGACGCCUUCGUCUGCGACCAGGUGUCUGCUUGCAUUCCCAUACUUAGACUGGCCAGAACUCAUAAGAAGGUUUUGUUUUACUGUCACUUCCCUGAUCAGCUUCUGACAAAGAGAGAAUCUCUCCUGAAGCGCAUCUACCGAAUUCCACUUGACUGGCUGGAAGAAUACACAACUGGCAUGGCAGACUGCAUCAUUGUCAACAGCAAAUUCACCGCCAGUGUGUUCAAGGACACAUUUAAGUCCUUAUCUCACAUAAACCCAGAGGUCCUCUACCCAUCACUCAGCACCAGCAGCUUUGAAACAAUAGUUCCUGCAGACAUAGCUGCCCUGAUACCUAAAAAGAAAAAGUUCUUGUUUCUUUCCAUUAAUAGAUAUGAGAGAAAAAAGAAUCUAGCAUUGGCCCUGGAAGCUUUGCAUGAUCUUCGUGGAAGACUUGAUUCUCAUGAGUGGAAUGAAGUUCACCUGGUUAUGGCAGGCGGCUAUGACAAAAGAGUUCUGGAAAACGUGGAGCACUAUGAAGAGCUGAGGAGUCUUGCGACCAAGCUUAGUAUUAACGACCAGGUGACUUUCCUGAGGUCGUUCUCAGAUGAACAGAAAAUCUCUCUUCUUAGUAACUCUAUAUGCGUGCUUUACACACCAAGUAAAGAACACUUUGGCAUUGUUCCUCUGGAGGCAAUGUAUAUGAGAUGUCCAGUUAUAGCAGUUAAUUCAGGUGGUCCUUUAGAAACAAUCUUGAAUAAUGUUACAGGAUUUUUGUGUGAUCCUCUGCCAAUGCAAUUCUCUGAGGCCAUGGAAAAAUUUGUGAGAGAUCCUCUCUUAAAAGACACAAUGGGAACAGCUGGGAGAGCUAGAGUUAUGGAAAAUUUUUCAUCAGAAGCAUUCACAGAACAGCUGUACCAAUACAUAAGCAGAUUAACAAAAUAAAACUAUAUUCCUGUAUUAUAUUUUA